CUGAAGAAGCUGGAUCAGGCCGUGUCUGCCGCUCACACGUUUUUCGUGGCUAACCCCCAGCACCUCCAAAUGCGGGAGGACAUCGAGAAGUACCGGCGUAUGUCGGGGGUGAAGUCGCACAACUUCCGGGACCUGGAGGCCACGCUGCACUUGGAAGCGUAUGAGGCUGGUAUGCAGCACUACAAUGCAGAUGAGUACCUGCAUGCUGUGGCCAGGCUGGAGGAGUCACUCACAGAGGCCCUGUCAGCACUGGAAGAGUGUCGUGCCCUGUGUGAAGGGCCUUGGGAGGAUGAGGAGGAAGAGGAGGAGGAGAUGCAACCUGGGCUGUAUGAAGCCAUUGCAGCCCAUUAUAUUCAGGUUUUGAAGUGCAGGCAGCAAUGCGUCCUUGAAAUUGCCACAAAGCCAGGGCGGAUUUCUGCCACAGAAGAUUUCAUACCCUCUCACCUUGAUUUACUACAGUUUGCUUACAACCAAGGUCCUUUGCCUUUUGAGGGUAUUGCUGUCACAAUGGAUUCCCACCAGAUGAAUGGAACCCAGAGGGUUGUGUUUGACAGAGUGCUGACAGAAUCUGAGUGUAAGGACCUUCUGCAGCUGACAAAGGCAGCUGGAGAAGCUGGAGAUGGCUACCGGACCAGACGUUCACCUCACACCCCACAUGAGAGAUUUGAAGGGUUAACAGUUUUGAAGGCCAUGCAGCUGGCCCAAAAUGGGGACGUGGACUGGAGAUAUGCCAAAUUGCUUCUGCAGGCCAGUGAGAAAUCUCGGAAAAUCGUAGAGUCCUAUUUUGCUCCUGGAAAGAAACUCCAUUUUUCAUUCACACACCUGGUGUGUCGCACGGCCGUAGACGGGGAACAGGAAGGUCGCAUGGAUCUUAGUCAUCCUGUCCAUGCUGAUAAUUGUCUCUUGGAUCCUGAGGGGCAAGAGUGCUGGAGAGAACCGCCUGCCUAUGUGUACAGGGACUACAGUGGCAUUCUCUACCUCAAUGAUGACUUCCAAGGUGGGGGCCUCUUCUUCACUGAAAUGGACACUGUGACUGUCACAGCUGAGGUGCGUCCUAAGUGUGGAAGGCUGGUAGCUUUCAGCUCUGGCAAGGAGAACCCCCAUGGUGUGUGGGCAGUGAGCCACGGCAGGCGCUGUGCCAUUGCUCUCUGGUACACACACUCCCAGGAGCAUGCUGAGCAGGAACGGGUGAAGGCAGAGGAGCUGAUGGAGCAGAGAGCUGUGGAGAAGGACCAGCAUGAUGGACAAAAACAUCAGGGCAGCAGCAGCAGAUCCUCCUCAGAGCCUCAUGUUCCCAACAGUGGAACCAAGCCUGCGAAUCGGAGACAGAAGCCUGGCUUGGACAGGAAGCAGCUGGUGCUGCAGGCCAGAGAUGAGCUCUGAGUACACAGGGCCCUGGGGGCAGGACUGGCACACACCAUGGCCUGGCAGGUCACAAUAGGACCAGGACCACGGAGGCCUGGAGCAAUGUAUUAGCAUGCUAGAGCUGUAGUGAUGGAGAGGGAAGCAG